GUUGUGUGCAAAGAGAUAAAUACACAACGCAACAAACACACACACACAGAGCCAGAGCCAGAGUUAGAGCUUCGAUAUCAGAUAUCAGAUGUUAAAAUCCACAUCCAUGAAGAUGUAACCCAUCCCAAGAGAUGCGAGUGAAUUCAUUCGAAAGCACGAAUAGCAUUCGAUCCUUUCUUGCGCGUGCGACUUCCUUCCCGUUGAGUUUCACUGCAUUUCGAGUAUUGUCGCGUGCACGAAUGCUACUGGUCUGAUGCUCUGGCAGGCGAGGAAAAUGAUUCGUGGAGAGCCUGGUGGGUGGCGUAUGCUGGAUCGCGUUGGGUGAGGGGAUGGCGAGGCUGCUGGUGGGUGGAUGUUUGGAUUCGAUGAGGUGGUGGGUGUUGCUUCUUCUUCUUCUUCUUCUUUUUUUGUUUUAGCAAAUGAGGGUUGUUUGGGCGAGGCUUGUUGUGCUUUUUUUUUUGUUGGUUGGGUGGAGUGGAGUGAAAGUCAGUAAGUCAGUAAGUAAGUAUGGUGGUGGUGGUGGUGAGUUGAGUUGGAUUUAUUUUUUGUAUAUAAGUUUGUGUCUCCUUCUCUGGCUCGCCUUGGAAUGGAGGUCAAGUAUCUACGAAUGUAACACAAAACUCCGAUCGGUAUUAUUAUCGUAUUGAUUGUUGCUCGUGCAACCAUUCUCACUUGUGUUUUGAGAAAGAUCAAAAAGGGGCUGCUCGGUUCUUUAUUCCCAUUUGUCUAGUCUUGCGUGGCAGUUUUGUGUCUCGCAUACUCAGCACGCAAUCACUUGAGCUAUUCAUUCCUCGACCAAAUUUCAUCACCCUCAAAAUCAACAUGCCUUGGCGACCAUACAGAAGACCAUCGCCCAAAAACAGAUGGUCACUCUAUCCCUCACUCCACGACAGCGUAGCCCUCCUUCUAAAAGAGCACAAUCUCCACUUCGAAUUCCACCCCAUCGACGAUCCUAUCGCCUGUACCAAAGAAAAAGACACGAGUAUCAUGGGAAAAUUCAUAUGCCAUAACCGCAAAUGCCGCUCCCAUGGAUGGUCGAGCAAGAUGAUCGCUAUCACGAUCCGUAUGUAUGCUGGAGCGAAGUAUAAUGCGAGAGUGUAUCAUCAAAGUUGCAAGAGCUGUAAUACGCUCAGUCAACCGAUCCUGGAUGAUUCGUACGCGGACCGAAUCGCAUAUCGGAUUAAGAAGUGGAAUGGAGUUGAGAUGGAGACGCCGAAACAUUCGGGAACAAGUAAAGGUCCGCAUAAUGAGGAUUUGUGUGAGGGCUGUAAGGAGGGUCACUGUCAGUGGUCAGCUGGUAAGGUAGUAGGGGUUUUUUGAUCGCGUCUUAUGGGCGAUUCGUGGAAUGGUGACAAUUGAAUGUGAAAAUAGUAGUGUUUGAGAGGUAUGGGAUGGGGAUAAAUUGUUGGUAUGGUAGUCUUGACGGGAUGAAUAUUCACCUCACCGGCUAUGAGAUCAUGUGAGGCUUCUUUCUUUUGCUAUGGUAAUGACGAAUUCAUCGGGGUUUGGUGAUGAACGCAAAACUUGUUUGAAAUUUUCUUUUCAUGAAUUUCAAGCCAAAGAGCUAGUUGAUUCUUUCUGGAUAAUAUAACUUAUACUUUUCCA